AUGGCAAGGAAGGGCGGUGGUAGUGGCGGGCGUGCCCAGCACGUCCGAGGGAACAGCUACGACAAGGACUCGCGUGGGGGGAGAGGUGCUUGCCGUGACCGCUCAGGUCCCGGUCGUUCUAAGGACUUCGAGGCCAGCGACCCCUACGGGCGUGAUCCACGCGGCGGGGGCAGUAGCAGCGGCGACCGCAACCGGAGCAAGAGCUCCGAGAGGCGGGGGAGGGGGCGAGACAUUGACGAGGACGUCAUGCGCGCCAGACGUAAAUACAGCGGUGGAGAGGUUCGGUCUCCAGAAGCUACCCCUCGUCGCCAAGACGCACGCCGGCGUCCAGAGACUCCUGCCGCAGGAUCCACAAAGUCGAAGCCUUCGCCACGAGGCCGGGCGUCUCUCACUCCGCUGAAAAGCGCGGGCUCGAGCACGGAUCACCAUCUUGAAGGAGCAACCGAUGGCAGCGCUUCGCGGGGCCGAGGGACCAAAGGCCACCAGCCCGUGCACGCGCCCAACACCAUCUGUGCGCAGUUCGACCAAGUACCCUUGCCACCUUCCAUCGGGUACAACGGCAUGGGCGGCGACGACUUUAUUUCGUCCCUGGAAGAUCCGCUGUCCGAUUCCUUCAUGUGCGGAGCAUUCCCGAACGUGGGGUCUCCGGUUCGCCGCUCAAGCAGGUCCUCGUCCAUCACUUCACCCUCCCGAGCCAACCACGUGUCGUCUCCUGCGAUAACCGUUGGUGGUGGAGAUGCUGCUGCUAUGGCUAGCCCGGAUGCGGCUACGCCUGGGCCGAAUACCCCCGGUGCUCCGGCACCUACCACCCCCUUCUCUCCCUCCGAGCCCGGUCCCUCCACAGCGUCGAACGAGCCCAAAGCGACUGCAGCCUCCGGGAAAUCGGGCUGUGGCAGGGACAUUGCGCCUAUGGAAGGUGGCGUCAUCCAAAGGGAGAGGGAACAGGUGUGCAACGAUGCGAUGACGACAACCAAGGACGACAUGCACGGGGCGCCUUAUUCCUCUGCACUCUCAUGCCUCCCCCCAGCACCGGAGGAGCCUUCGGCGGUGCUACCGACGCAGCUGGCGGCGGCGGAAGUUGGCGGGCCGACAGCCUCCCCUCUGCCGACGACGGAGCAGUCGCCGCAAGAAGGUGAUGCUGCUGUGCGCCCGUCGGUGCCGCCCCUGCCUCCCGCGGACGGCGGCGUCGAGGAUGCGGGCACCGCAGAAGACGGAUCCGCCUCGCCGGCUGCCGCCGCGUUGGCUGGCACGGAAGCAGUAGCGGUCCGCAAGGAAGACGCAGAGAAGGACCCUACCACGCCUUGUGCGAGCGAGGAAACGGGUGGGUCCGCGGCCGCUGACGACAUUGGUCCAUCGCCAACUGGUGAGGGGGCGGUUGGAGAAGCCGUCGGUAAUGGUUCGAGGCAGGAUGGAGUGUCUGAUCGUCGCCGUUCGGAGGUGGGAGGUGGAGGAGACGAUGCUGCCGCCAGCGGGGGGGAUGCAACGGCGCCGAACGAGGGCGAGGGAGGGGAGCAGGGAAAGGAGGAGGAUGGGAUCCAAGAGGACGAGCAGAGCGCUGGCGAACGGACACCUCGACGCUCGACCGAUGUCAAGAGCUCCUGGUACUCGAAAGGCACCAUGGUCGUCUUGCACUGCGACUCACCAGCUCAAGUCAGAAGCACGAGCAACCCUGUCCUUCCGCUGUCAGACCUACUCGGCAGACCGGCCCGAGUCAUCCGGGAACCCACUCACCGCAUGGGACAAAGAUAUCACUUGGUGGAGUUCCAGCCAUGGGAAGGUGGUCCAGACACGGUGGUAACGCUGCGCGCGAAAGCGAAAUUACUCAAGCCAGCACCUCUAGACUCCGUCUUCGCCCCUGCCGUCGUCAGUGACGGCCGUGAUAGUGGCGUUUCGACCGACGGUGGCAGCGCGAGCGCUCGGCUAAGCACGGCUAGAGCGGAGAGCACACCCGCGGGAGCCGGCGCAGCGCAGCGUGUCUCGCGCAAGACUGUAGCGGCCACGAGGCCACGAAGGAGAUCGACACGGGGAGCCAUCAAGGCUACGAAGCAGAGCGUCUCCGUGGACGCGGGCGAGGCGGGGUGUGAGCAGCCGCCGCUGGCAACGGCACGAGUUGUGAAGCGCGAAGGGAAGGGGAACGAGGAGGCUGAGGAGGACGACAUGGAGGUUGACGUGGAAGGGGAGGAAGAGGAGGAGGAAGAGGAGGGGGGGGAGGAGGACGCAGCAGAUGACGCAAUCGGCGCCAAGAAGCAAUCCGCAAUCGUGCAUUCCUCGGGGGGUGAUAACUCUAUGGCGGAGGAAAGAGUUGGCAAGGGCCGGUCGAAAGAGGAGGAGGAAGAAGAGGAAGAGGAGAAGGGGCAGGAGGAGGAGAAGGGGCAGGAGGAGGGGCAGGAGGAGGGGCAGGAGGAGGGCGUCGCUACCAAAGCCGUAUUGGACACCAUGGCCAUGCCAAAGGAAGGAGAGCCGCUUGACGACCCCCGAAAGCCGAUGCUGAUUCCUGUAGGCACGAGGGUGGUCGUGAAGCAAGCCCCGGCGGAGAGUUCUCGUCCGCGCGGUUGUCAACUCAAAACGUCAGAUUUGGUGGGAAGGACGGGCGUGGUGACGAAGAUGGCGACACACGUCCAGGGUACCCGUCACCACAUGGUGUCCUUCGAGCCUUGGCCGGGUGGGCCGAGCACAACGACCAGCUGGAACUUCGCGCGCAAGCGCCUUGCCCUGUGCCCUUCCGGCAUCAGCUCCGGCGGUGCCAGCGUCAGCGGGUCUCGUGGGGCCGGGGCUGCUCCAGCGAGCAGAAGAGAGGGGAAGGCCAAGGGUGCCGGGGCAGAGGCAGCAGCAGCAGAGGAAGCAGCAGCGACACAAGAGGAGGAGAAAGAGGAAGAGGGGGCUAAGGAAGGCGGACGGGCCAGGCCCACGCCUCCAAACACCGAGAAUUUGCCUGCCGGCACUGUGGUGGUGGUGCGGAGUGUUGAGACCGACCCGGGCAGGACUCUGAAGUUCGCACGCGACGAAACGUACGAGGCGGGUUUCCAGGAGGUUCUGGGACGAGAGGGUAUUGUGGUCAGUGGGCCCACCUCCACAACGAAGGGAUUUCGGUACCACCUCGUGCAGUACGAGCCUUGGGAGGGCGGUCCGACGCGACCAUUCACGUGGAACGUCAAGGUGGCAUCCCUCGAGGUACUCCGUCGCCCCCGGACCGAUUUCGCCUCAGGCGACAGCGUGCAAGAAGCGGACGUUAACAUGGCUGAGGCUGGCACGCCCUGGGAGGAGGAGGAGGAGGAGGAGGCGGCGGCGCCAACCCAGGGCGGGAACGCGGCCGAAGCCGGAGCCGAGGCCGAAGCCGAGCCUGAGUCGGCUGAGGUGCCGGCCGCAGGCGGUCCUCCUGCCGCGGAAGCCUCUACUAAGACGGUAGCCUCGGAAGAACCGCUUUCGCCGAGAGGUCGCUCGCGAGCUCGACGGCACCCUUCUUCCCUGUACGGCACGACCGCCGACGGCGGGGAGCAGGGAGACCCCGGUAUGGAGGAGCAGAAGUCGAGCGAGUCUGAGGCGAGAGUGCUGCUGCAGGCAGCGGCGGCGGCAGCGGCAGAGGCGGCGGCGGAGGCAGCGGCGGCCGGGGGAAGCAGGAGCAAGGAGGCCAGCGCCGAAGGGAGUAGUGGGGCCACCGCUGCUGCCGGCCGAGGCACCAUCAGCAAUGGUAGUGGCCAAGCGCCUGGUUCAGUUAAGGACAUUCCUCAGGGCGCGAGCAGCAGCAGCAGUAGGGAGGCACAAGAGAAUCUCCCUUCACACCGUGUAGCGGCGGACGGGCUGGGGUGUGGUUCUGUUUCGCCGCCAUCUCGCACGACGAGGUCGUCGUCGAUCUCGGCGGAGAGCGCGGCGGACGUCGCCGAGAUCGGUGGCGCUGUUCCCGCAGUGACCGACCACGAAGCCUCAAGGAGCGAGGGCAAGCGAGGCGCAGCGGAGAUGGCGGCGAACGGAGAGCCGGGAAGGCUUCGAGUGGAGGUGGAGGAAGGGGAGACAGCGGUGGGAGCCGGUUUGGAUAGCCCAGCAAGCGCCGUCAAGAGAAGGCGAUCGCAGGCGACCCUGCUGCUGUCCGACGACCCACUACCAGAAGAGAGCGGCGCGCUGAACAGUGAUAGCCCAGCGAGGGCCGGUCCGGCUGACAAGGGAGCGGUGGUGUCAGGUCGCUGCGAGACAGAGGAGCCGCUGAGUGCGACACAGAUGGCCACGGCGGAAUCAGAGCGCGUAGCCGCCGAAGCGGCCGCCGCAGCCGCAAAAACGGCUGAAAAGGAGGCGGCGGAGGAGGAGGAGGCCGCCAGGGUUGCCGAAGAGAACGCCAAGGCGGCGGCAGCCAAAGAAGCCAAAGCAGUCAAGGCAGAGAAACAGAGGGCCGACAGGGCAAAGGCGACUAAGGCCGCCCAUGCUGCUAGGGCCGCCAAUGCUGCCAGAGCCAAGCAGAGGAAAGAAUCCAAGGCGAAGGCAAUGAAGGAGGCUAGGGCUGCAGCUGCUGCAAAAAAGCAAGCUCAAGACGCGUUGGACGCCCAAACUGCGUUAGACGCUCAAGCCGCUACGGAAGCUGCUUUGGAAGCUCAAGCCGCCAAGGAAGCUCAAGCAGCUGUUGAAGCACAAGCUGCGUUGGAAGCUCAAGCUGCCAAGGACGCUCAAGCGGCUCUGGAAGCACAAGCUGCGUUGGAAGCUCAAGCUGCGUUGAAAGCUCAAGCGGCUCUGGAAGCACAAGCUGCGUUGGAAGCUCACGCAGCCAAGGAAGCUCAAGUUGCGUUGAAAGCUCAAGCUGCCAAGGACGCUCAGGCUGCUUUGGAAGCUCAAGCUGCGUUGGACGCUCAAGCUGCCAAGGAAGCUCAAGCUGCCAAGGACGCUCAGGCUGCUUUGGAAGCUCAAGCUGCGUUGGACGCUCAAGCUGCCAAGGAAGCUCAAGCUGCCAAGGACGCUCAAGCAGCCAAGGAAGCUCAAGCAGCUUUGGAAGCACAAGCUGCCAAGGAAGCUCAAGCUGGCAAGGACGCUCAGGCUGCAUUGGAAGCACAAGCUGCCUCGGAAGCACAAGCAAGCGCGCGCGAGGCCCAGGGCACCGAGGAAACUACUCCCGAAUCUCAAGCUGCCAAGGACACGCAAGCGGUUGAAAGCACCGCGGCAGGUGCAGAGGCGGCAGGAGACGCCCAGGCGGCGCCUAGGACCUCCUCAGACGGGGAGAAAACGAGGGAGGAGUCUUCGCCGACGGUUGUCGGGAGCGAUGUGGAAGGAGUUCAGCCUCAGCAACAGCCGCCGGCAGCCGCGGCGGCGGAGGUGGUGGGUGCCACCGCGCCGCCUUCUGAGAGGCGUGCCCAGGAGGAGCGCCAGCAGGAGGGCGCCGCCGGUGCGACUUGGGAUGGGGCGAGGGAGAACGUGAGGGCGAUUCGGUCGACGAGGAAGGCCGCGGCGGUGGCCACUCAAAAGAUACGAAAACGAAAGAGUGACGGCGGUGGCUAUACCGACCGGGCCGCAGGAAGCGAGGGCAAGCGCAAACGCGCCGCGGCAUCUUCAUCGCAUGACAACGAGCUUUCGCCCGACAACGACAACGCGCCCCGAGAGGACGAAGGCGGCGCCGGUCGCGCGGAAAAGGGCAGCGAGGACAAGGAGGUCCGGCCGGGCAGAAGUAGCAGUGGAGGAGGAGGAGGAGGAGGCGAGGCCACCGCCGCUCGAGACAGGCAAGGGAUCGAGCGAUGGCCUUCCUGACAGCAGCAGCAACCUUGCCGAUCCUGCUACUGCUGCUGUUGCGGCCGUGCCUGCCGAGGCCGCCGUUCCCUGCGAGCCUACCGACACCGGUGCCGUACCCUCUGCCGUACCCUCUGGCGGCACGCACUCGGCUGAGCAUGCGCCCUCACCCGCAGUUACCGCGGCCGGGCCGGCUCACGAUACCGCUUCUGCAGAAGUAUCACCUGUUGCUGCUACUGAUGCUGCUUCUGAUCCUGCCGAUGCUGAAGCGAAUGCCACGCUAGAUGCGGUUGAAGCGCCGCCUCCUGGUGCUGAGCCUGUUGCCGUGGCCGCUUCGGCACAGGCACCACCACGUGCUGGUGCUGCUGGUGCUGCUGGUGCUGCUGCUGCUGCCGAUGCGGUUUCCG